AUGGCCCUGAAUGGUACUUCAGCAAAUUCUAUUCAUGCUCACCCUGCAGGAGAAGCAGCUCCUGAUGGCACAGGACUUGUAAGAGAAGAUCCCUACCUUGAACCCUUCAAGGAUGCCCUCAAGAGCAGGUUUAGCAAGGCUCAGGCAUGGAUUAAGACGAUCCAAGACACAGAAGGUGGACUCGAAAACUUCUCCAGGGGCUUCGAAAAGUUUGGGUUUCAAGUGCAGCCAAACGGCGAUGUCAUUUACAGAGAAUGGGCACCUCAUGCAUUACGUGCAUACUUGAUUGGGGAUUUCAACGAGUGGAAUCGCGAUGCCACCCCAAUGACGAAAAACACAUUCGGAACCUUUGAAGUUACGGUACCGGGAAACAAUGGCCAGUGUACAAUUCCUCACGACUCAAAGAUCAAGAUAUCCCUCGUCGUACCCAACGAUCACGCCAGACAAGAGCGUAUACCAGCAUGGAUAACGCGCGUCACACAGGACCUGUCGGUGUCGCCUGUAUAUGAUGCUCGGUUCUGGAAUCCGCCUCCAGAGGAGAAGUAUACGUUCAAGAAUGCCCGACCUAAAAAGCCAGCUAGCGUUCGCAUCUACGAGGCACAUGUUGGCAUCUCGUCGCCCGAUCCCAAGGUCACCACGUACAAAGAGUUCACUCAAAACGUGCUUCCUCGUAUCAAGAACCUUGGUUAUAAUGUCAUCCAACUGAUGGCAAUCAUGGAGCACGCAUACUAUGCUAGCUUCGGGUACCAGAUCAACAGCUUCUUUGCAGCCAGUAGUCGCUAUGGCAAGCCAGAUGACCUCAAGGAGCUGGUGGAUACGGCACAUGGCAUGGGUAUCACUGUACUACUGGAUGUGGUCCAUAGCCAUGCUUCGAAGAACGUGCUAGAUGGACUGAACAUGUUUGAUGGGAGCGACUAUCAAUACUUCCAUGAAGGUGCCAAAGGCAGACAUGAGUUGUGGGAUAGUAGACUGUUCAACUAUGGUAAACACGAAGUCCUUCGAUUCCUUCUCAGCAAUCUACGGUUCUGGAUGGACGAAUACAAUUUUGAUGGAUUUCGCUUUGACGGUGUCACGAGUAUGCUAUACACGCAUCACGGAAUUGGAACGGGAUUCUCUGGUGGCUACCAUGAAUACUUCGGGCCAGGUGUUGAUGAGGAAGGUGUUGUAUACCUCAUGCUCGCAAACGAGAUGCUCCAUCAACUCUACCCAGACAGUAUCACUAUAGCAGAAGACGUAUCUGGUAUGCCAGGUCUUUGCAUGGCCCUAUCGCUUGGCGGACUUGGUUUUGAUUACAGACUGGCCAUGGCUAUCCCAGAUCUGUACAUCAAAUGGUUGAAAGAAAAAGAUGACAUCGACUGGGACAUGGGCAAUCUGUGCUUUACUUUGACUAACCGACGACAUGGUGAGAAGACGAUCGCAUACGCUGAAAGCCACGAUCAGGCACUCGUCGGCGACAAGUCGCUUCUCUUCUGGCUGUGUGACGCUCAGAUGUAUACAAACAUGUCGGUCUUAUCCGAGCUGACGCCAGUAAUCAACAGAGGCUUGUCCCUUCACAAGAUGAUUCGCUUGAUAACUCACGGACUGGGAGGUGAGGGCUACUUGAAUUUCGAGGGCAACGAAUUCGGCCACCCUGAAUGGCUUGACUUCCCAAGAGAAGGUAACAACAACAGCUUCCACUAUGCUCGGAGGCAGUUCAAUCUCGUCGAUGAUCAGCUGCUUCGCUACAGAUUCCUCAAUGAGUUCGACAGUAAGAUGCAGUGGAUGGAAGAAAAGUACGGCUGGCUUCACUCACCGCAAGCAUACAUUAGCUUGAAGCACGAAGGCGACAAGGUCAUCGUUUUUGAACGAGCAGGGCUUCUCUGGAUUUUCAAUUUCCAUCCUAGCAACAGUUUCACGGACUACCGCGUCGGAGUUGAGCAGGAAGGCACUUAUAGAGUUGUGAUCAAUACAGACGCCCCAGGCUUCGGCGGCCAUGGCAACAUUUCGGACGAUACUAGCGGCAUUGCGAGGUCGCUGCGAGCUUCAGCUUUCAGACGGCCUGCGCGGGCAUUCCAGCCUGCGUUCCAACCCAUCAAGAAAAACUUCGCACCGGCAUUGGCUGCUCGAUAUGCCAGCACUGACUCUGCCAUCCAUGGCAAGAUCCAUCAAGUCAUUGGUGCCAUUGUUGACGUAAAAUUCGAUACUGAGCAGCUUCCUCCCAUUCUCAACGCCCUCCACACAGACAAUGGUGGUCAGAGACUGGUCCUCGAAGUCGCUCAACAUUUGGGAGAGAAUGUUGUCCGCUGCAUUGCCAUGGAUGGUACUGAGGGUCUCGUCCGUGGCUCACAAGCCUCAGACACGGGUGCUCCCAUCAAGAUCCCCGUUGGUCCCGGAACUCUUGGUCGUAUCAUGAAUGUCACUGGUGACCCGAUCGAUGAGCGAGGACCCAUCAAGGCUGUCAAGUACGCCCCAAUUCACGCCGAGCCCCCAGAGUUCAUCGAGCAAUCUACUUCCGCUGAGGUGCUUGUCACCGGUAUUAAGGUCGUCGAUCUGUUGGCUCCUUAUGCCCGUGGUGGGAAGAUUGGUCUAUUCGGUGGUGCGGGUGUCGGUAAGACUGUGUUCAUUCAGGAGCUUAUCAACAACAUCGCCAAGGCCCACGGUGGUUUCUCCGUCUUCACUGGUGUAGGUGAGCGUACUCGUGAGGGUAACGAUUUGUACCACGAAAUGCAGGAAACGUCCGUCAUUCAGCUUGACGGCGAGUCCAAGGUCGCUUUGGUGUUCGGUCAGAUGAACGAGCCCCCAGGUGCCCGCGCUCGUGUCGCUUUGACUGGCUUGACUGUAGCUGAGUACUUCCGUGACGAAGAAGGACAGGAUGUGCUCCUCUUCAUCGACAACAUUUUCCGAUUCACCCAGGCCGGUUCAGAGGUGUCUGCCCUACUAGGACGUAUCCCAUCUGCCGUCGGUUAUCAGCCUACUCUCGCAAUUGACAUGGGUGGUAUGCAAGAACGUAUUACCACCACUCAAAAGGGCUCAAUUACCUCCGUACAGGCUGUCUACGUGCCCGCUGACGAUUUGACCGAUCCCGCUCCCGCUACUACCUUUGCCCACUUGGACGCUACCACUGUGCUGUCGCGUGGUAUCUCCGAGCUGGGUAUCUAUCCCGCUGUCGACCCUCUGGACUCCAAGUCCCGUAUGUUGGACCCCCGUGUCAUCGGACAGGACCACUACGAUACCGCCACCCGCGUCCAACAGAUGCUUCAAGAGUACAAGUCCCUCCAAGAUAUCAUUGCCAUUCUCGGUAUGGACGAACUGUCAGAAGCUGACAAGCUUACUGUCGAGCGUGCCCGUAAGCUGCAAAGGUUCUUGAGCCAGCCUUUUGCUGUCGCCGAGGUUUUCACUGGUAUUGAGGGUAAGCUUGUUGACCUCAAGGACACCAUCAGCUCUUUCAAGGCCAUCAUGAAUGGAGAGGGCGAUGACCUACCAGAGGGUGCUUUCUACAUGGUUGGUGACCUUGCGUCGGCACGCGCCAAGGGUGAGAAGAUUCUUGCAGAUCUGGAGAAGUCAUAG